UUGGCCUCGCUCGGCGCCCCCGCCCGGGCCCUGCCGGCAGGCACAAGGGGCGGGGCGCGCGGCCCGAGGUGAGGGACCGCGGGCCCGAGGGGAUCCAGCGAGUCAGCCGCCGCCGAGGGACCAGCGCGGGUCUCGCCGCUGCCGCCAUCCCCACCAUCCCUGACCGCGCCUGCCCGGGCUCCGCGCCAGGAGGAGCAGCCAGGCCCAGCCCCGGCACCGCAAGCUCGGGGACCCCGACGGCGCCCAGCCCGGCGAGGGGCCUCAGGGGGAGGACGAGGAGGAAAGGCGGCCUCGCCGGGGACCCGGCCAUGGCGCUGGACUUCUUGGCUGGAUGCGCGGGGGCCGUCCAGCGGGGUUGGGGCUACGGGGCCGACCCCCCUACUCGGCUGGCCUUGGAGGGCACUGAACCGCUCUGGCGCCGAGUCACGCCUUGGAACGCCGCCCCUUCCUACGCGGUUUUCACCUGCCCUUGUUCACCGCUCUUCAUCUACUUGGAUUUGGCUCGAAUAAACCCUCAGCUCCCGGCCAGCGCUGAGAGCCCUGGCGGAAGAGUGGCUAGCGGUGGCCUUAAGUAUUAAACCUGUGGCGUCGGAGCCUGCUUCUUGGGCGAGAGACUCGUUGAAAAGGGAGUGUGUUGGGGAGGUGAUGUGUGGCAGGCGUGCUUGUGGGACACCCGUUUGACACGGUCAAGGUGAGUCUCAUCGCUGCUUUUUUUUCCUCAGCGCGUACAUUGGAGAGAGGCUCACAGGGUUGGGGUGGCUGGAAGCCUGUUUCCGUGUACAGCCCCAGGUGGGCAGCUGCUUUUACACCAGGCCGGGUUGAACCUUCCUCACUGCUUUGUCCUGGCAUCUCCCAGCUGGGGCUGAUCCGCAUGCUGGGUUCAUGGCCAAGUCCAUCCUGGGCUUGGCCAGCUGGAACCGAGGUGCUGAGGUUUUCUCCCACCCAGAGCAAGGGCACCCACAUGUUCCCAUGCAGAACUCUCCCAAACAGUUCCUUGAAAGAAAGAAAAGUUCAGAGAGAAAAUACAAAAAAAACAAAACUCGUAUCUCCCAUGAACAUGAUCUUCACGGAGUGGUGAUCAUCCUUACAGAGAAUCCGAGUGAUGGUUUCCCACGUGCCAGAGGCCUGAGGAGGGGCCCUGUUAGCCGGUUCCUUGAUAACACCCCACACCUCCAUGAACCGGAGUUCCAGGUUCUCAGACCCCUAGAACGGAAACCAAGGAAAUCUAUGUCCUCCAGCUGGAAAUUCCCCAAUAAACCCCCCACCCUCCACUUGCAGUUGGGCUGUGUGUUCUGAAAGUAGCCCAGUGGGGCCCUUCCUCGCUCUUUUUCCUUGGCCCCAGGGCAAGCUGUGAGUGGCAGGCACCAGACCAGCCUUGUGCUUGCUGGCAGCGCUACACGUGGCCCCUCUUCCCACUGAGGGAAGGCACAGCUGACGGCAAGGCAGGAUGCGCACCCUGAGCUGGGUUUGCGGGAGACUUCUGGUCUCCUUUUCCGGUGAGCCCAGGUGUGUGUUGGCAGAGACAGUGACUUACCAUAAGGGGUGGAUUGCAUCCAGCACAAGAGUGAGGGCCUGGCCUUUGCAUUGGCUGUGACCUUAAAAAGCUCUGUCCUUGGGCCUUGUGCAGGUCCGGGCCCCUCUGCCAGCCGGUUUUCUGCAUGACCUUGGGCAGGUCCCUGUAUCUUUGGGCUCAAAUGUUGUCGUCGUGCCAGUGCUCAACAGCAUAAUUUAUGUUGGAUUAAAUGCUAGCUCUGAAAAGCACAACUCUUCUAUCUACUGUAGGCCAAUUUGGGGAGGAUGCUGAAGGGCCAGGCUUUCUUGGCAGGCAGUGGCCCCACGUUUGCUGCACCGGCCUGCCGAGAGUGAGGCUGUGCAGAGCCUGCCCACACAGCCCCCGGCCCCAGCCAUGCCCACGCGCUGCCUAGCCAGGCCACCCGUGAAGCCUCCCCCAGGCCGGAGCAGCCCAGGACAGCCUGGCAGUGUCCACGUUGCACUGUGUUUAUGUCUCGUGGUCAUGUGUUGUGAACGCCUCUCGCAGCCAAGAAGUGCUUCAUAUUCACUUCCUCUUUCCAGCUCCGUGGAGGCCUGGGCUCUCUGAGCUAUGAAUUGGCCAGACCUGCUGGGCUCCUGCCUGGCCCCCUCAGGCAGCCCCUGGCAGGCCUGGGAGCACUUUCGUUCUGGUGCUUUGCUGUCCUGAGCCACUGAGCCCGCGAGCAGCACCCCUGAAGUGACUCAGGGACAGGAGUUUCUCCAGCCCAUGAGAUUUUACUCCCCAGACCCUACUUCACUGGCGUCUGGAGGGUGGUCUUUGAGAAGAUCUAUAUGUGAUCCUUUUGUUUUGUUUUGUUUUUGUUUUUGCCACUCUGUGGCUCCAGCAGCAUCACAUCUGGACAUACCUACCUUAAAAAGCUGAACUUCUUUUCUUUGAGAUGGAGUCUGUGUCUGUCACUCAGUUUGGAGUGCAGUGGCACAACCUUGGCUCACUGCAACUUCCUCCUCCUGGGUUCAAGUGAUUCUCCCGCCUCAGUUCCCCCCCCCAACCCCCUGGGUAGCUGGGAUUACAGGCAUGUGCCAGCACGCCUGGCUACUGUUUGUUUUUAGUUGAGGUCCAGCACAUAUAGAAAGUGCACACAUCCUGGCCAGGCGAGUAGCUCAUGCCUGUAAUCCCAGCACUUCUGGAGGCUGAGGUGGGCGGAUCACAAGGUCAGGAGAUCAAGACCAUCCUGGCUAACACGGUGAAACUCUGUCUCUACUAAACAUACAAAAAAUUAGCCGGGCGUGGUGGCGGGUACCUGUAGUCCCAGCUACUCGGGAGGCUGAGGCAGGAGAAUGGCGUGAAUCUGGGAGGCGGAGCUUGCAGUGAGCCAAGAUCGCGUCACUGCACUCCAGCCUGGGCAACGGAAUGAGACUCCGUCUCAAAAAAGAAAAAAGAAGGAAAGUGCACACAUCCUAGGUGUACAAGUCAUCGCAAAACACAUGCGUGGGGAGCUGCCACCCAGGAGAAACAGAACAUGGCCAGCCCUCUGGAAGUCUUCCCUCCUGCUCCUAUCAACUCCUCCCUCCCCUUCUUCUGAGGCUUCCACUGGCCUAACUUCCUUCUUUUUUUUUGAGAUAUGGUCUUGCUCUGUCACCCCAGGUGGAGUGCAGUGGUGCAAUCAUAGCCCGCUGCAGCCUUGAUUUCCCAGGCUCAAGCAAUCCUCCCACCGCAGCCUCUCAAGUAGCUGAAACUACAGGCACACACCACCAUGCCUAGCUCAUUUUUUUUUGAAGUUAUUAGUAGAGAUGGGGUCUUGAUAUGUUGCCCAGCUGGUCUCAAACUCCUGGGCUCAAGUGAUCCUCCUGCCUUGGCCUUCCAAAGUGCUGGGAUGACAGGCCUGACCCACUGUCCUCACUUCCAACACCACGGGUCCCUUUUGCCUGGUUAAAUAUAAUUGCAGCUGUACCCUAGGAUCAUCAGGGGCCACCCACGUCUGUGUCAGUCUGUACUGUCACAUGGCCACAGACUAUCUCAUGGCUGGGACAGUCACAGUCUAUUCCCCCAGGCCCUUGGGACUGAAAGAAUCCAAGAUCUGGAUCUCCUCUAUAGCGCCCAGAACCACAGCCGCCGUCCUGAAGCACACGGCCUUCACACGUGUUUCUGCAUGAAGGGAGUUUUCUGUCCUGCUUCCUUGGACACAGCAAUAAUCAGGGAGCAGUCGUCUUGACCUAUGAUGAGGGGGGGCUGUCUCCAUCCAUAGCAAAAGUGUAACUUUGUUGUAGAUGGGCGUAAGCCUCACCCUGGAGAGCGCUAGUAAGUACAGACCAGGUGAACCAGAUCCCAGCCUGGACCCCACCCUGUCAUGCCCAUCUCCCCAACCCCAGAGUUCCCUCCGUAGCAGGGGACAGGGAGGGUGUGAGGCAAGCUUGGGCUCAGCACAGGUCCUGGGGUGGGGGCUCGGGCUGGCCAAAAAAAACCAGCCCCCUCUGGAUUGGGGGUCCUCACGUGGGGGUCUCUCGGCCCUAUGGGGAGCUGGGAGCUUCCUAAACUUGUGUCCAAAUGACUAGUUUCCCAGGGGUGGGUCCGUUCCCAUCAAUCCUCAAAGGAGAGCCUGGCACCCCAAGAUUUUAAGAGCCUGAGCUGUAAAUGACAAGACUUGGGACACUGGGCCACAGUUCCUCUCCCAGAGAGCAAGGCCUCGUCACAGACUGAGGGGUACUGAGGGGUCAGAAACAAAGUGGGGAGAGGCCUCUGCCCACAUUGGUGGGAGAAGCUGAGUUGACCUAAGCCUGACAUUCCCCAGCCGGCUGGACUUGGGCAUUCACCAGUGUCUGUGACCUGCAAAGACUUCACAACACUACCCAGGUGGCACUGAGUAUCCAACCUGGGAAGGGACAGCUCCAUGUCACAUCAGUUCUACUCACACAGCCCUCUUAGUGCCAGUGUUGGGGCUGCAGGAGGAACAGAGAUCCCCCCAGAGGCCCCAGAACAUUGAAGGGAGAGCAGCAAACCUCGCAUCAAGGUGCUGGCCAAGAACUGGGCCUCCAGGGUGGGAGGGUGCUUCGGGCCAAUCUUGAAGCAUUGGCUUCCAGCUGUUGAAGUCCUGGGGGUACUGAAAUGGUACUUGUUUCCUAACAAAACAUUUUUUGUAAGUGCAUUCACCAAUAGAGGGCCCACCUAUUCUGGUGGAGAGAAUUGGAAAAGGUUCCAGAAUCCGGGCAGAAGCCUGGCUGUUCCCGGUGAGGGCUCUCCCUUGCCAGCACUCCCUCCCACCCUCACUCUGAGCAACACAGCUGCUCAUGUCCCUGGAGAGGACAGCUUUGGCCAAGUUGUUAAACAUCUCUGAGCCUGUCUUCCCAUCUUGGAAAUGGGGGCAGUUGUCCCAAUGCUGAGAUAAUUGAGUGUGAAGCCCUCCCCUGUCCCAUGCUGCCUAGUACCGAAGGCACUUGCUCUGUGGCCCUGGCUGUUAAGAAUGAUCAUUUCUGAGUCAGACCUAGGGAACCAGCCCCUGAGAAUGUGACUUGACCUAGUUUACUCCCACCGCCCGCUCUGCAACUCUGAGCCUCCCAUUGAACAAAGAUAAGCUCAUAGGCAACAAAGAGCGCUUUGACAUGGAAGAGGUUCUGGGCCACUGGGCUCGGAGGCAGCGGGGCCUGACCAGCGUCCCAGGCCCCAGAGCUGCUGACGUGGGUCCCCAAGGAGGUUGUUGGCUGUUCUCUUGCCACCACUUUAUUAACUCAUAACUGCUGUUCUCACGAGAGGCUACUGGCAGAGACCAGGCAGGAGCUCCCGGAGCCAAGGUCAUUGCUUUUAUUUUUAUUUAUUUAUUGAUUGAGACGGAGUCUUCCUUUCUCGCCCAGGCUGGAGUGCAGUGGCAUGACCUCACUGCAUCCUCUGCCUCACGGGUUCAAGCAAUUCUCCCACCUCAGCCUCCUGAGUAGCAGGGAUUACAGGCGUAUGCCACCACACUAGGCUAAUUUUUUUUACAGACACAAUUUCGCCACGUUGGCCAGGCUGGUCUUGAACUCCUGACCUCAAGUGAUCCACCCGCCUCAGCCUCCCAAAGUGUUGGGAUUAGAGGCGUGAGCCACUGCACCUGGCCAGGCUCAUCACUUUUUGUGCCUAUUGCCUCGAAGCCAGUCUCUGAUGGGACAUUAGGGCAGGGGCCCUUCAGCCUAGUCUGGGACAUGGGCCGCUCACUCAGCAGUAUGACAAGCAUCACCUGGAGAACGGGCCGGUCUCAGGAGGUCGUUCAUGCCCCACCGGCAGUGCACUGUGCAGCCAUAGUGUAAACAAGAGGCUUAACCUAAACUGGUCUGAGAUCUCGGGGACCCCCUACCCUGUCUCCAGCAGCCUGUCCCUGUAGCUGUUGGCCUACUGGCACCCCAUCCUGAGAAGGCAUAGAUACCCGGCCCACCCUGCCCUGGAAUUACAAAAGUCUUAGACUGUGCCUGAGUGCCCGGCCUCCUUGGGAGACCCUCCCAGGCAGCCUAAGCACCAGACCCGGGAGCUGGGUGCUCUGGUCCUGCCUGCCUGCUUCUCACUGGACCCUCUCCUUCCAGGUGCGGCUUCAGGUCCAGAGCGUGGAGAAGCCUCAGUACCGCGGGACGUUGCACUGCUUCAAGUCCAUCAUCAAGCAAGAGAGCGUGCUGGGCCUGUACAAGGGCCUGGGCUCGCCACUCAUGGGGCUCACCUUCAUCAACGCGCUGGUGUUCGGGGUGCAGGGCAACACCCUCCGGGCCCUGGGCCACGACUCUCCCCUCAACCAGUUCCUGGCAGGUGCGGCGGCGGGCGCCAUCCAGUGCGUCAUCUGCUGCCCCAUGGAGCUGGCCAAGACGCGGCUGCAGCUGCAGGACGCGGGCCCAGCGCGCACCUACAAGGGCUCGCUGGACUGCCUCGCGCAGAUCUACGGGCACGAGGGUCUGCGUGGCGUCAACCGGGGCAUGGUGUCCACGCUGCUGCGUGAGACGCCCAGCUUCGGCGUCUACUUCCUCACCUAUGACGCUCUCACGCGGGCGCUGGGCUGCGAGCCGGGCGACCGCCUGCUGGUGCCCAAGCUGCUGUUGGCGGGCGGUACGUCGGGCAUCGUGUCCUGGCUCUCCACCUACCCUGUGGACGUGGUCAAGUCGCGGCUGCAGGCGGACGGACUGCGGGGCGCCCCACGCUACCGCGGCAUCCUGGACUGCGUGCACCAGAGCUACCGCGCCGAGGGCUGGCGCGUCUUCACACGGGGGCUGGCGUCCACGCUACUGCGCGCCUUCCCCGUCAACGCUGCCACCUUCGCCACCGUCACGGUGGUGCUCACCUACGCGCGCGGCGAGGAGGCCGGGCCCGAGGGCGAGGCUGUGCCCGCCGCCCCUGCGGGGCCUGCCCUGGCGCAGCCCUCCAGCCUGUGACGCUCACCCCGCCCUCCUUCCCCAGGGCUCCUUCUCAGAAACCUGGGACAUAAAUUGGCCCCUGAGUCGAUUGCCCUGCUUCCUGCUCGGAUGCUGCGGGCUGUGGAGUCUAUCAGACGUGGGCUGAAUUUUGCUGAUCAGCUGGGUAGUUUUGGCCGAGAACUGCACUUGCCUCAGUAUUCUCGUCUAUGAAAUAAGGACCCUCACACCCACAAUGUAGAGUCACGAAGGUCAGAGAUUAUUCCCAGCAGCAGCCAGCACCUGGCCUGGCUGAGGCCAUUGCACCGUUAUCCUGGAAACUGAGGCAGACACUCCAGCCCCUUUCUGGGAUCCUGGCCACGUCAUUGUGCUCCUGCCCUGCAGACUGGCUCCCAGGGGUCUCUGAUGGCCAACCAAGGGGCCACCCAGGGACCUGCUAACUCCACACAUCCUCCAGCCGGGGGGGUGGUGGGCCACCCCUCUGGUCUGUGUUAGGGACAGAGGAAAACUUGGUGUGCCUCCUGGUGUCACAGAACUGGAUCCUCUGCAUACCCCAGCUUCUCCACAUGCCACUGCUAGGGGUACCCCAGCUGCUGCCACUCCUGCUGGAGGGUGAACUGGGGACCCUGCACCCUCCGGGAAGCCAUGGAGUCUGCUGGAGGCACCAUAUCAGCCUGCGGGACUAGGGUGGGGAGCAAACAGGCCAGCGGUGGAGGUCUAGACCAAGUGUGAUGCAGCUGUGGCAAGGAGAAAUCCUUCCGCCUCUGGGCCUCAGGCUGCCUGUCCAUAAAAUGGGGACAUGGCCAGCUGACGGACAACUGAGUCUCCGGCCCACCUACCACCGCCAGCCAGGAUCCCCCAAAGCGUUCAGAGGGCUCAGCAGAGAACAGUAUGGGACCCCCUCACCAGGCCUGGAACACCUCCAGCCACAAAGAAGCCAAAGGUCAGUCCCUCUGCUCCCCAGCAAACGGUGCCUCCCAGGCAUUCUCAGUGCCAGGGCUUCAUCCCUGUGAAGGCACAGGGCCCGCUAGUGGGCACAGGGGUGGCUAGUUGGGGCCUGGGGCAGAAGAGGGCUGCACCAGGCGUCCUGGGGAAUGUGCUCAGUGAAGACGACACUGGGCUUUGCACAGCCUGGUGUCGCUGUACAGAAACUGUCAAGGGAAUAAAGUGUUCUUUGUUUUUUAA